AUGGAAAAUACCGACGAGCAUUUGCCUCCAAUGUAUGAAGCUGAAGACCAGAUUAUGCUGCUCCCCCCGCCCUACCACGGUCGAGACGACUGCCCUGCUGCUAGAAGUGAUGGGGUUAUAAGAGUGAAUAACAUUCUUCCAGCAUCUGGAAAAGCGUCUGGCACGAUGUCAAGAUACUGGAAGUGGAUCGCUAAAGAAGUGGCUUCGUCGACGGAGCGUCACGGGAAGAAUUCCGACAUGUGUUUUGGUGCUUGUUGUCGCGGCUGA